GGCGUAUCCUAACCGGAAGCGGGAACCGUAGACGCGAUCAAAGUAAACAGUGUCUGAGAAUCGUGAUUUGUGAGAAGUUUGUUGCUUUGAUGCAGGCUUAACAACAAGCAAUGGGUGUUAAAAGACUCCUGUCUUAUGUCGAAGGACAAUGCCCAGAUGCAUUUGAACAUGUGGAUCUUCGCAGACUAGCUGACCAAUAUUACCGAAGAUACAACACCAAGCCUCAGCUUUUGAUUGACUGCAAUGGUUACAUUCGGAAUAUCUAUGGCAGACUUGAGUUUGGCUUAGGAGGACAGUGGCUGCAGUACCUCGAAAACAUUAAAGUGUUUGUAAAGUAUUUUCAAAAUGCCGGAUUUGAACUUCUUGUUAUGUUUGAUGGAGUUGUGGAAAAGAAGAAAAUGAAAAGGUGGCUUGAUAGGAGGAAAGAUGAACGGAAAAUAGUAUCCAAAAUCUUUGAUGACAUCAAGCGUUCAGGACAGCAUCCAGACCACAAGCUGUUCCACAUUCCAACAAGUCUUAGCGGUCUUACACGGAUGGCUCUGAAGGGCCUCGGCGUGACUGUCUGCAGUUCCUCCAUUGAAGUUGACAGAGAACUCUAUCUUCAUUGCAAAGAGAAUCAAAGCUUUGGGAUUAUCAGUAGGGACACAGACUUUAUGAUCUAUGAUGUCCCACAGAUGUUCUACAUGACCUGCAGCAAUGGACAUGUGAAAGAAGUGCAGUUGUUUAGGAGAGAUAUCUUAUGUCAUCAUCUGGGUAUUCCUCCACAAUUACUUCCUCUUUUUGCUUGUUUACUUGGUUGUGAUACAGUGUCAUUUCAAAUGCUGUCUAAUUUUCACCAAAGGGUGACCAGCGGCAAACGUGAUCCUCUUGUUCCCAGCGUAGCAGGUUAUAUUAGAUCUUUACAGCUUAAAGACCUGUCAAAGAUAAGUCUUCACUCAGUAGCCAAGGACAUAGGGAGCGCUUUCCAAGAUGACUACUUGUAUGAAUGCGUCCAGGACUAUGCAUGUGAAAAUCAAGAAGAGAAUGAUGUCCCAUACUAUAGUGAUGCUGCUGAUCUAGCUAGAGCUCCUGUUGAAUUAACUGGUACAUCUAAAAUCAACCAGUCUGUGAUGGACAAGAUCAGGUCCUACCACAGGAAUUUGGACAUUACUGACUUUGUUCUGCCGGUCAUAACCCAUCAAGAGUACAGAAGUAACAAGACCAUGGAUGACGACACUGAUACUUCCAUGCCUUCUUCUGGUCUUGUGUAUCGGCCUAUCCGCCAACGCUUGUAUGGCAUUCUUCUGCAGUUACAUGUGAUAGCAAGGGGAGUUGAUCCUCCUUCAUGUGGGCCAGUGAAUGCAGAGGGUCGUCCAGUGCAGUUUGGAACUGUGGAAGAAAUGUGUGCUUAUGCUGGAAAUGCAAUGAAUGCCCCAGAUGUUGUUCAAGGGAUGCCUCUUGAUAUUGCAGCUCCCCACCCCCGACUGGAAGACCUUUGGGUUGAUGAUACCACAACUGAUGUUCAGAGGCUACGUCUCAAGGUCUUCUUCUCCUGCAUGCACUGUACCAAGCUCCUUGAAGAUGGGAUCUUGGAUGCCAUCCCAGAUCGUCACAUCUUGCUCUGCUGCAUCCUCCAUUUCCUGCUCCUCCAUGCCCCCGAGUCUACCCUCAGAUCUUGUGACGUUGAUGCCUUUGUGGCGCAAGCCAUCUGCUUUCAGAGUCAUAGGCCUGCAUCACUGGAGCGAUUGAAGGUUCCCAGAGUAAGUCCCAGGGCCGUUCACCUAGCAGCAAUCUUCGUGAGAGGUCUAACCACUGGUCUCUGUACGAACUCCACUUGCUGCCUCCCAUUCCAGAUGGAAUCUCUAAUGCCCUGGUAUACCUUUGAUGGCAAACUCUUCCACAUCAAGUAUCUAGCUGCUGAGAAUGGUAGCACACUACAUCAGCUGUGUGAUAAUAAGCCCAGAGCAGUGGAAAUGUGCCACAAGAUGAGAGAUUGGAUCGUCAAGGGAACCAGACUUCAGAGUAACUAGCUACAAAUAUUACUUGUGCAGAUCCAUAAGGAAUUAUGCAACUAGAGAUGGAUUCUAGGUAACAGUGGAGACAUUCCUUCUCCAGGGAGUCUCUUCACAGUGAAUGGUCAUCAACUGUUAUAUCAUCCUGUAACUGCAGCCUCAGAUCAUACC